AUGAGAGGCUCCUGGUUAACCGCAGUCGCAACGCUGCAUCUGCUCAUAGCUGUUGAUGUGACUACGGCACGGACUCUCGCACCGCAGCUUUCGAACCAAUCCGCUGUGAGCGAUGUCCAGUCGCCGACGGUUCCGCUAAAGUUGGUGAAUACCGCGCCAGGGAAGCCGAUCAAACCAGGAACUGAGCUCCGUAUUCUUCCCGUUGGAGAUUCAAUCACCUACGGCUUCCUGAGCGACCAAGACGGCGGUGACGGAAAUGGAUACAGGCUACGUCUUCGGGAGCUUUUAUCAAAAGACAAGGUUGUGUUCGCAGGCACAGAGACAUCACCUACCGGGAACAUGACGGAUGGCUGGUUUGCUGCGUGGAACGGCAAGACGAUCCAGUACAUCUCGGACCAUGUCACGCCCUCGCUUGAGCAACGUCCAAAUAUCAUCCUGCUUCACGCUGGGACUAAUGACAUGAAUCCCAACAGCUCCAUUUCCACCGAGGGUCACGACCCAAUAGCUGCGUCUGAGCGUCUCGGACGCCUGGUUGACAAGAUGACGGCAUCGUGUCCGGACGCCGUCAUUCUUGUCGCCAUGAUCAUCGGGACUUGCAAAGCCGAGCAAGCACCGCAGACGAAGGUGUUUCAGUCGUUGAUCCCCAAAGUGGUAGCGCCGAAGCUCAAAGCUGGAAAGCACGUGCUGGCGGUGGACUUUACGACGUUUCCGCUGGACGACCUGAGAGACUGUAUCCAUCCAACCAAUGAAGGAUAUCAGCUGCUCGGACACUACUGGUAUGACUUUAUUGCUCAAAUCCCGCAGCAUUGGAUCACGGCUCCGGUGGGAGACGAUCCUCAGAGGCCGGAGCAGAAUUCUGCCAGACGUUUGCAUACAAAUAUGCCUCUUCUGGGCCUUUUGGGUAUAUUGCUUGUGUUGAUGUAUGCUUGA